AUGUCUGCCCAGGAACAGAAGCUGCAUGCCAGCAUUGCGAAGAACCAAGAGCUGCAGGACUUGAGACUGGAGCGGCUGGACGCGUUGACAGCUGAGAAGAACCAAGCGUCCGAGCAGUCUGCGGAUCACGAGUCAGCUUCUGCACGUGUGGCAGAGUUGGAGCAGGAACUUCAGAUGGCUGGGGCAAUGUCUGCCCAGGUGGAGCAGUUGAAAAUGGAAAUGGAACAGAAGCUGCAUGCCAGCAUUGCGAAGAACCAAGAGCUGCAGGAGCGGCUGGACGCGUUGACAGCUGAGAAGAACCAAGCGUCCGAGAUGCAGUCUGCGGAUCACGAGUCAGCUUCUGCACGUGUGGCAGAGUUGGAGCAGGAACUUCAGAUGGCUGGAGCAAUGUCUGCCCAGUACCAAGAGAUGAAAAUGGACAUGGAACACAAACUGGAGGAGACGACUGCCAGGAACCAGACGCUGCAGGAGCAGUUGAACGUGCUGGAAGUUGAGAAGAGCCAAGCAUCGGAGAUGCAAGCGGCUGCUGUUGCUCGCAUCGCCGACUUGGAGAAGGAGCUGCACAUGGCCAGGGACUCUUCGGCCAAGGUGCUUGAGGAAGCGCCAAUCCAGGAUAAAGCUCCACGAAAGCCAAGCACGGAAGGAGGAGACAACGGAUGGGGUGACUUUGAUUUUGAUGGCAUCCAAACAACCCCUGUUCAGCAACCGCUUCCAGAGCCAAUUUCUGUGAGCCAGCAUCCAGAAGGAGAUGGCUGGGGUGACUUCGACCUAGAGGACAGCAAGCCAAAGGUUGCCGAGAUGGCUGGGGCAACUGCUGCCCAGGUGGAGCAGUUGAAGGUGGAAAUGGAUCCUUGGCUAUGUGUUGUGCUGGGUGCUGGCCUGGGUGCCAUUCCUUGCGGCGGAACACUAGUUGCCAGUAGGUGGGAAGCUGAUCUUGUUGUCUUUGCAGGGUUCAAGAAGCUCUUCCAAACCACCUUUGGCCCCCAUGCAGUUUUUACGCAUUUGGAAAAGGGCACAACCUGCUUUGAGGAACAGAAGCUGAAGAACAGCGUUGCGAAAAACAAAGAGCUGCAGGACGUGAGACUGGAUGCGAAAAUGUUUGUCCGGGUGGAGCAGUUGGAUGCACUGACAGCUGAGAAGAACCAAGCGUCCGAGCAGUCAGCCGAACACCUGUCAGCCUCAGCUCGUGUGGCGGAGUUGGAGCAGGAACUCCAGAUGGCUGGGGCAACUUCUGCCCAGGUGGAGCAGUUGAAGGUGGAAAUGGAACAGAAGCUGAAGAACAGCGUUGCGAAAAACAAAGAGCUGCAGGAGCAGUUGGAUGCACUGACAGCUGAGAAGAACCAAGCGUCCGAGAUGCAGUCAGCCGAACACCUGUCAGCCUCAGCUCGUGUGGCGGAGUUGGAGCAGGAACUCCAGAUGGCUGGGGCAACUUCUGCCCAGGUGGAGCAGUUGAAGGUGGAAAUGGAACAGAAGCUGAAGAACAGCGUUGCGAAAAACAAAGAGCUGCAGGACGUGCAGUCAGCCGAACACCUGUCAGCCUCAGCUCGUGUGGCGGAGUUGGAGCAGGAACUCCAGAUGGCUGGGGCAACUUCUGCCCAGGAUGAAGCUCCAAGAAAGCCAAGCACGGAUGGAGGGGACAACGGCUGGGGCGACUUUGACUUUGAUGGCAUCCAAACAACCCCUGUGCAGCAGCCGUUUCCAGAGCCAACCUCCGUGAGUCAGCAUCCAGAAGAAGGUGACCAGGGUGGCUGGGAUGAAUUUGGCCUAGAUCUGCUGGAAACCAAUCCUCAGCCAAACGGCGAUGACCCAGGUGCAGGUGCUUCAGACCUGUUAGAUGAGCCACAGGUAGAGCAGUUGUUGAAGGUGGACAUGGAACAGAAGCUGCAAGCCAGCCUUGCAAAGAACAAAGAGCUGCAGGAGCAGCUGGAUGCGCUAAAAGCUAAGAACCAAGCAUCCGAGAUGCAGUCGGCGGAGCACCUGUCAGCUUCGGCACGUGUUGCAGAUCUGGAGCAGGAACUUCAGGCGGCUGAGGCAACUUCUGCCAAGGUCGCGCAGUACGAAGAGUUGAAGAUGGAAAUGGAACAGAAACUGGAGGAGACAUUUGCGAGGAACCAGAUGCUGCAGGAGCAGAUGAACGCACUGACAACUGAGAAAAACCAAGCAUUGGAGAUGCAAGCGGCUGAACAGCUGGCAGCUUCUGUGCGCAUCAGUGACUUGGAGAAGGAACUGCAAAUGGCCAGAGAAGCUUCUGCCAAGGUGCAGCCUGCUGCUGAAGCGCCAAUCCAGGAUGAAGCUGCUCGAAGAAAGCCAAGCACGGAAGGAGGAGACAACGGCUGGGGCGACUUUGACUUUGGCAUCCAAACGACCCCUGUUCAACAACCGGUUCCAGAGCCAACCUCCGCGCAUCCAGAAGAAGGCCAUGGUGACAGAAUAUCUGAUCCUUCUGGGCCAAUGCCAAAUGCGGAGGUGGAGCCUGCAAAGGCACAGGCGGCAGGAGACGAUGGCUGGGGUGACUUUGACUUUGAUGGUCUUGAAGCAGCUCCUGUCCAAGAGCCUGCCUCGAGUCAGCAGCCUCCCAGAGAAGGAUCCGAUGGUUGGGAUGACUUUGAUUUUGGGGACGACUCCUUCAACGCACCAGCGCCAGCACCGGCCCAAGAGCCGGAUGUCGGCAAGAUCCAGAAGGAACUCGAAAAGAGUAAACGUGAGUUGAGAGAGGCCAAAGAGGCCUUGGAUCUUCAGAAAAAGGUGGCAGCGCAAGCCCUGGAACUGCAACAGCAGGAGGCCGCUUGCGCCGCGGCGCAGCUGGAGGACGCUCGGCUGCGCUUGGAGGAGCUGGGCGCCUCUGAGGCCGUAAGCGCCUCAAGUGAGUCCGCUCCAGCUCCUGCGGUGUCGAUGUUUUCCACAGCUUCCCGAUUGUUGGGCACCGCCACCUCGGUGGCGGCGGCCGCCCGCGCGGCGGCGGAGCAGAUCUCGCAGAUCUCGGAGGAGCGGCCGAAGGAAGCAGGCACGGGAGGACAGAGCGGAUGGGAGACAGACUUUGGAACCAGCGAUGCAGGGGCUGCACGGAAGCAUCUCGAGGAUGAACUUGAGGUGCUGAAGUCCCGGUUGGCCAUGGCCCAUGACCAGUUGCAGGCCGAGCGCAAGGCACAGGGCGCCAUGAAGGCUCUGAGCUCCGAAGUGACCUCUCUCUCCGAGGUGUUGGCGCGCGAGCGCCAGGAUCAUGAACGGGAAAAGGUUCAUUUGAAGGAGCAGAUUCGUCAG